UUUUACUUUCAAAUGAUAAUCAUAUAAUAGAACUCUAUUUCGAAUCCUACAAAAUCUCGCGUGUUUUUUUUCUUGUACCGCCGCGCCAACACGACGAAAAGUCAAGGUUAUGAAAUUUCACCGUGAAAACAUCUAACAGCCUUUUUCGUAUAAAUUCCAGUGCAACUUUCUGAACAAAGAAAAGAACCAAGCCAUGCUCGUGAUUUGAAUAAAAAUUCUGCUGGUGAUAUUGCUUAUUCAUCCAGGAAUUAUUGUCAAUGGAACGAUGACCAGCGUGUGGAAAAAUCCAUCCCCGCGGACUAAACUGUUUCUGGUUCUGUGGCAAGAGGUGUAAAGUGAUAUUGUUUCUAUUUUCUUGCGCACCCGACGAAAAAAAAGCCGUAAAAAAUGUCGGGAGUAAAGGAUUUCUCCUGCGUCGGCGGUCUCGAAACGCACAUACGAAUUGUCAAGGAAAUGGUUCUGUUCCCUCUUAUGUACGGGGACAUUUACGCGAAAUUCAAUCUUCGGCCACCAAGAGGACUCCUUUUUUACGGGCCGCCAGGCACUGGAAAAACGUUGGUGGCAAGCGCGUUGGCAGUAGAGUGCAGCAAUUCAGACAGAAAGGUCUCUUUCAUCUCGCGCAAGGGGUCGGACUGCCUGAGCAAAUGGGUUGGCGAGAGCGAGAAGAAGCUACAGAAAAUUUUCCAAAUGGCGCAGCAAAGCCGGCCCUGCAUCAUCUUCUUCGACGAGGUCGACGGAUUGGCACCCGUAAGAUCGAGUCGUCAGGAUUUCGUGCACGCCAGUGUCGUCUCGACUCUGCUGGCUCUGAUGGACGGCCUGGACAACAAUUCCGAGAUCAUCGUCAUCGGAGCCACGAAUAGACCCGACGCGAUUGAUCCCGCGCUGCGGAGACCCGGCAGAUUUGACCGAGAACUUUACUUCCCCCUUCCCUGCUACGCCGCCAGAAAGGAUAUACUUUCGAUACACGUGAAAAGUUGGAAACAAAAACCCCCACAGAAGUUCCUUGCAUAUUUGGCAUCAAAAACUGUCGGCUUCUGCGGUAGCGAUCUUCAAGCCCUUUGUACUGAAGCUGUUAUGUGCUGUGUUCGAAGGAAUUAUCCCCAAAUAUACACAACUAAAUCCAAGUAUCAUAUCAACGAAAGGUCUUUAAAGGUCGAAAAAUUAGACUUCAUAAAAGCUCAACAGAACAUAGUGCCAGCCUCGCAUCGCAUUAGCAUAGCACCGGUGAAAACAUUAUCGUCAGAAAUACGACCACUACUCCAGGAUCGGUUGAGUCAUAUCAUGUCAAACUUGCAUGUUGUCUGCCCCCCUGAAAUGAUAAACUCUGAUGAAUCAUAUAAGAAAGCUUCGCUGCAUUCGACGAAUUGUCCGAGAAUCUUAUUGUGCGGAACAGACGAUUGUCACACUCGUCAUCUGGGGCCAGCUGUCCUUCACACUCUGGAGCAUCUACCAUGUCAUAUCUUAGAUGUGACAACUCUCUUUGAAGAAACAGGAAGAGCCGCUGAAGAAUCAAUUAUUCAAAAAGUGAAGGCUGCGCGACACACGCUACCAUCUCUAUUGUACGUGCCAGAUGUUCUAUCUUGGUGGGAUUUGGUGGAAGAAGCCGGGCGCGUAGUAUUUACGUCUCUAAUACGAAGUCUAGAUCGUUCCGUUCAUAUCCUCGUUCUUAUAACGGCCAAAUGCAGUAGACAAGAUUUGCCACAAGAGAUUUUAGAGUUAUUCAAUGAGCACCAGGGAGAAAUCCAACAAAUAGAUUCACCAAAUGCAACUGAACGAGAAAAUUACUUCUACGAACUCUUCUUAAGAACCAAUUCUGGCUCCGACACUCUGUCCCAAAAAUCAUCUAUCGGUGAUAUGUCAGAUUCACUGCCUCCAAGAAAGGUCAAAAUGGAAACCAGAAUGCGAGCAAAACUUGGAUCUCUUAUUCCCGAGAAUUUAGGAAGAUCCAGAUCAGCCACGGCAGCGGCGGCGGCGGUCGCGGGCAAACGCGAGCGCGGAGGCGGCGAGGGUCCCUCUGCGAAGCGCCAGCGGCUCCACGGCCCGGCCGGAAAUCCUUUGAGAGCGUCCCGAAGUGCUGAGCGGCUGAGCGAGACGCAGAUGCAGGAUUUAUUGCGCAGACUGGUCAGGCUGACGGAGGGCUGGCCCUGCCAGCAGCUGGAGAGUUUGCGCGCCUCCCUAGAGUGGGCCCUGGACAGCCACGAAAUCGAUGCCUACGGACCGCUUAAUGACUGCAUCGGUCACUUCGAAGCGCACGGCUACUGCCCCGACUACCUCAGAAGAGACUCUAAGCUCGACUCCACGGAGAGCAUUAUUUUGUGACAAAGACUGACUCAAGCAGACGACCGGUUCAAGAAAAAUUAUCAAUGUGAUAAUACUUCAAAUUUUUAAGUAAAUUGUUUUGAUAGAGAAGAAAAAAGUAUUCUUAUGCUUCUUUUAUUUGUAUCUGUCAUAAUGUGAAUUUCAAGUGUAGUCGUUUUAUUUUGAUUUACUGUGGUAGACCAUAGUCUCUUGUCUUUGUUCGAUAUUAAAUAAACCUGAUCACGUGAAUUGUAAAAA